AUGCAUUCCCUCGCCGCAGUACCCUGCAGCAGCACAGGAGACAGUGAAGGAAGUACCUUGGUUUGUCGGUCGUCUCAACCCCCACAGACAGCAAGGAUUCAAUUUAAUGGGGCUGCAUGCGGCGCUCAUCGACAGCCGCAGCCGGGGUGGGCCCAUGAGACCCCCACGCCGACCCCUGAGUCGGUGCUGCACCUCUGCACCUACAGGGGAGGCCCCCGGAGUGGCCCCCUCCAGGCAGAGGGGUUGGAGGACCCCAAAGGGAGUUGUCAGGGGCCCCCACCUUCAGCGAAGCCUCCGAAUCUCCUGCAUGCGUUUGCGGAGACGAAGGGGCUUAACCGUUUGGGGGGAGGAGACUGUCCCUACUCUUCGCAGAAGAAGAGACAGAUAGAGGAUGGAACCCAUGCAAUUAAGACAUUAGGGGCUCCAGAGGGCAUGGGCACUGAACUCAGGGGACGCGGGGGAAGCCCCCCUGCAGCAACAGGAGACUCCAGGGGCCCUCGUGCUGCAAGUCAAGCCUCUCAGAGGGCUGGGGCGCAGCAGCAAAAGCAGCAGCUACCUGUUGCUGCUCGUCUCCGCUUAGACCUCGGUUCUGUAUCGGGGGCAUUUGAUACCAGCCCUAGGACUCAAGUGAGGUUGGGAGCCCCCCUAGGGGCCCCCGCUUCUCCCUACCGGGCGCCCCACAUGCCGCAAAUGCAGGGUCCUGACUCUACAGCAGCAGCUGGAAGAGCAGCAGAGGCAAAGGGCUACAGUGUGCGUCUGCAGCAGCACAACGAGUGGCAUGCGGAGCGUCUGUCUCCGAUGCAGCAGCAGCUGCGUCGGCAGCAGCUGCAGCAGCAGCAGCAGCAGCGUCGGGGGCACUUAACGGCUCGGGCCUCCACCAUGGGGGCCCCCCCUUCCUGGCUUUCCAGCUGCAGCAGUCAUUUGCAAGGUGUUUUAUUCUGUGAAGAAACCCCAAGGGCCCCCCGCAGCCACGUACAGAACCUUGUGCAGCAGCUGGAGGCCCGUCGCCUCCGUUGUAAAGGCGGGGGGGCCCUCAAAGCUAUGGGGAGCCCCUCGGGUUGCAGGGCCCACGAGAGAGCAGCACUGCGUUUUAAAGAGUCGUUUGAAAGAGAUUCUCCUUCUAGAGGGGCUGCUUCUGAUAAGCCUAAUUCAAACACCGACGCAGAGCGGCCAGUAGCACCAAAAGAAGAAAACCCCAGACGCAGGGAGGCAGCUAAACCUGCCGAGACACCCAAGCCAGCAGCUGCUGCAUGCGCACCUGCAUCAGCAUCAGUACGCGCCGGAGAGGGACCAGCAGAGGUCUUGGAGGAGAAGUGGGGUACGGGGGCCCCCCCAGGAGGCCCUGUGGGGGGCCCUCCAGGAACCCCCCCUACAAGGGGGGCCCCUGGAGGUCACUUGCUGCAGGCCGCGCUGGCGAGGGGACCCCCUGAAAAGGUAGUGGGGUCUUAUUUGUUAGGGCGGACGAUUGGGGAGGGUACCUUCGGCAAGGUGCGUGUAGCGACGCAUGCACUUACAGGAGAAUGCGUGGCUGUGAAGGUGUUGGAGAAGGAGAAACUCAAAGCAGCAGAAGAUGCAGAACGCGUGCUGAGAGAAAUUCAUAUUUUGAGGGCAGUUAGGCACCCACACAUUAUCCAUCUGCUCGAGAUUCUGGAGACUCCUUCGCGUUUGUAUUUGGUGAUGGAGUUAGCCAGCGGAGGGGAGUUGUUUGAUUUCAUAGUGCAGAGACAACGAGUAGAUGAGGGGACAGCGCGACGUCUUUUCAGGCAAAUUCUUUCGGGAGUGGAGGCUCUUCAUUCCCUCUGCAUUUGCCACAGGGAUUUAAAACCCGAGAAUCUUCUUCUGGAUGCCUCAAUGAAUAUAAAAAUCGUAGACUUCGGCCUCUCCAAUAUCUACAGCCACAAACCCAUGUUAAAAACUGCAUGCGGCUCCCCCUCUUAUGCAGCCCCAGAAAUCGUGCAAGGAAAACUCUACUCUCCUCUGGCGGUAGACAUCUGGAGCUGCGGCGUAAUAUUAUACGCCUUGUUAGUGGGACGUCUCCCCUUUGAAGAGAACACUACAGAGGGGCUUUACAGGAGUAUUGUUAGCGGACAGUUUGGCUGCCCCAAGUAUUUAAGUGCUGAAGCCAGCAGUCUCCUAAAGGGGAUUCUACACACGUGCCCUUUAAAACGUCUAGGGCCUCUACAAAUCAAACAGCAUCCUUGGUUGCGAGAAGGCAGAGGAAUUCAACAUAUACCCCUCAGUCUUUCUUCUUCCCGCUGGCCUUCGGGGCCCCCAGUCUGCUCUCUAAAAGACUGCCGUGCAUGCGCUGAAUGGUUGUCGCCCCCCUCAGCACAGCUCAGAAGAGACAUCUUAGAACAAAUGCCGCCUUGCAAUUACUCCCUUGAGGCCCUCGAAUGCCACAUCCGAUGCCAUCCCGUCGGCGCGCACGCUGCCACGUAUUAUUUGCUGUGUCUUAAGAAGAGGCGGGAGGAGGAGGAGGCAGCAGCAGCAGCAGCAGCGAAGCAGCAGCGAAGCUCCCCUUCUUUGCCUCCUUGCGGCGGCCCCUCUCCGGCGUCUACAAGACUCAAAUGCCCCAAAGACAGCUCUGCGUCUGUUGCAGAGAAGAGCGAGACACCAACAACAACUCCUUCUCUUGCUGCAGAAUCUCAAACUGCAAAGGCUGAGGGGCCCCGCCGACCUGCGCCCAAGUCUGGGGCCCCUCGAGAAGCCCCCAAGGGGGCCCCCGGCCUUCCUGGGGGCCCCACAGUUCAGAAGCGCUUGAAGGGGUCUUGCAGUUCCGAGACUUCUCUGCAGCAGCGACUGCAGCAGCAACGGCAGCAACACCAGCUGCAGCUUACAGAGAAGUUGCUGCAGCCGCUGGUCGGCCGCUCCGCCAGGGCGCAAGCCGCCCCCAACACCAGAAGCAGCAGCAGAAGCAGCAGCAGCAGCAGCCCUAUCGCUUCAGCGGAAACUUCUCGCCAGACGCCAUCCAUUCAACUCCCAAGAUUAUCUUCUGACUCUGAACGCCCCCCUCGGGCUGCUCAACAAAGGGGCGCCUCUGUAGGGGGCCCCACAGAAAAGAGCGCGAGCGGGGGGUUCUUUAGAAGUCCAGACACCCCACAACCGCCUCAGGAAGGCCCCCCAUUGCCGCUGCAGCGUAGUGAUCGCAGAACAUGUGAGAAGGAGACACAAGCAAAAGAGACAGUAGGGUCUCCAUCAAGAAACAGCGUAGUGCAGCGCCCAACAACCUCUUGGGAUAACCGCUCAGGCACUCUGCAGCAGAAGGGGAAGGACACGCCUUUGAAACAGAAACGGCUUGAAUCCUCUCUUCAGCAGCAUCAGCAGAAACAGCAACAGCAGGUGCAGCACGAGGGGCAGCACGAUGAGAAGCUCCCAGUCCUGGAGAAGCCGCAACCCGCGCAACAGCAGCAGACAAACUGUGAGGCUCUGCAGCUCACGCAGCUCAUGAUGCGCGAUAUGGUUGUCCGGCAGCAGCUGCAGCUUCGUGGAGAGUCACUGCAGCAAUCCGUGGGUCUAGAGGGGGGCCCCAGUAGAGACGAGUACACCCUCAGGGGCCUCCUCACUGCCCGAGAGCCACUGCCCCCCAGCGCCCAACUCAACUGUAACCUAGGGGCCCCCAAAAGCCCUCGCCGUGUCCUGCAGUCUCUGUUGUCUCCACGCUGUCUGCUUACUGCUGCUGACCUUAGCUGCGAAGGCACCACGCAGCAGCAGCAGCAGCAGCAGCAGCACGAGGGCUGUGCUGUUGCACCAGCCGAAUCUGGCUUGUCCACCCAUCAGGCGCAACGCUGCGUGUCAGCGCAUGCAGAGACACCUCAGAUUCAGCAUAGAAGUCCCCCAGCUUCUGCUUCCUCUGUGGCCGUCGCCCUUGCUCAGCUCCCCCUGGCAGCGGCAAAACCCAGAAGAUCGUUGCAGCUGAACUCGAAGGGUGGGAGUGAAGACGGUGCAGUGUCAGUGCCAUCCCGGCUGUCUUCUUCUGUUACUCAACACAUUCCCAAGGCCCCUUCACGCAGCGAACAAGGGGGCAAGCGCAUGCAAGAAGAAGAGAAACAAACGCAGAAAUCAGCAGACAAAACAACAGUUGCAAGUGCGGCACAAAGCCCCAAAGAUGCAGCCACGAGAAGCCCUACCAACCUCAAAAAGAUCAGCAGCAACAACAGCAGAAGCAGCAGCAGCAAUUCAACGUGGGCUGGAACCUCAGUAGCGGCAUCAGCAACAGGUGCAUGCAUUCGAAAUCGGAAGCCCUCAGGCCUCAGCGCCUCCCUCUCAGUGCAGAAGCAGCAACGGCAGACACCACUGCAGCGGGCUCAGCAGCAACCGCUGCAGCACUCCAGCACAUGGCAAGCAAAGCGAGGCUCCAUACGUGCAGAGCAGCAACGGCUGUCACUAGCAGCUGCAGCCCUAGGGCGCAGCGCGACGACAACAGAAACGCCGAGGGCCAGCCUUCGCGUAGAGACCCCCGCGGGAGCCCCCGCUGGAGCCCCCACGGGGGUUCUUACGGGGCCCCAUGUUGCGGCGAAGCCGCAAGGGAAGGCUGUGGGUUUGAAGGGGCCUCUGAGGAGAGUUGCGCCUUUACGCUUGUCUCUUAGCACCGGCUGUGCUCCAUCGUCGUCAACAGUUGCUGCUGCUCCUGCUGCUGCAGCUCCUUCCAGUUCGGUGGUGCGGGGCCCAGUUGGGGUUAACUUGGAUGGUUCUCUGAGGAAAGGUUCGCUAGCAAGGCUUCCCCCGCCCAGGGGGUCUCUGACUGCCCGCGUCACCCUUAGGCGCAGCAUUGCUGCAGGGGGAAAGGCAGCAGCAGCGCCACCACCAGCCGCAGCAGCUGCAACACCAGCAGCAGGAGCAGCUGGAGCAGCAGGAGCAGCAGUCAACAGGGUCACCAGGCGCCUUGGAAGCAGUGCUUUAGAAGCAAGCGUGAAGACGCAAGACAUGCGAGCUAGAGAGAGACCCUCCGCUACAGUAGUCAGAGCGAGCUCCACCGCAUGCAGUAGCAGCUCGGCUUCUCAUCCGCCUCUGUCUGCGAAGAGGCCCCAGACGGACACUUUCAAACUGGCGCCCCUGCCGCAUGCAACAGCAACUGGCACGUCCCGCGCCCCCCUCCGAGCUGGUGGGGGGGCUGCGGGAGCUCUCGCUGCUGCAGCAAAGGCAGCAGCAACAGCCGCAGCAGCAGCAAGAGGAGCUGCUCUACAGACAAGUCGACACCGUUCGUUAACAGCUGAAGGCCUUCCAACCGACCGCCCACGGGCCCCUGCGAACCCCUGCGGUGUCACUACAGCAGCAGUGACUGCCCAGAAGGCUUCCAAGGGGCCCCCACCUGACAGCCGCAUGCAGAAGACACCUCGAACAGCAACAACUAGCACAAGUCUACUGAGAAGAUCUGCAGCAGUAGGAGGCCUCUCCCAUGCAGCAUCCGCUUCCGUUUCGGGCCCAGCACACGGGCUUCGGCCUGCAGCGGUAGCUGCAACAGCAGCUGCAGCAGCAGCUGCAGCUGCAAUAGCAGCUGCAACACCUGCCGCAACAACAACAGCAGCAAGCAGCAAAACAGGAGAUGGGCGUUCAAAAGUGGGUCCAGGAACCAAGACGGCCAGCACGCACCGCUCCAGCAGCGGAGCUCCAGGCAUUUCAACCGCCGGGAAAGUUCCUCUGGGGUCUAGAGGGGGCCUCCAUCCUGCGUCUUUGCUGUCUGCAAGAGCCUCUGGGCAGGUGCUGCCCUCAAACAGGAAGCAGCAGCUUCUGCUGCAACAGCAGCAGCAGCAGCAGCCCAAACGCGGGUCCUUGCUUCGCUGCAAGACAGCUGGAGCUGCUGAAGAGAACCGAAAGGGCAAUCAGAAGAAUCUCCAAGGACUACCCAACAACCGGUGCAGCCUCCCGCAGGGAAAUUUCUGA